AUGAUCGUAAUAAUCUCGCGGCUAAGCUGCCUGAAGAAAAUGAUGAUAGGCCUAAGAAGAGAGCUCAAGAACAUGAAGAAAGGCUCUAAUAAGGUGGGCUUUUAUUGUAUUAUUUUAUUUCCAAUGUCAAACCUAUAGACGGAAACGUGAACAUUUCGCGCUGUAUGGCCUGUCAAAAGUUUUCUUUUAGUUGAACAACUUUUUGGUGUUUUGUUUCUGCUCUAGGCUCAAUUAAAUUUGUAUAUCAUAUAUGGCCUUACACCUGACCAGGCGUAAUUUUUUCGUUGUUGACAGCAUUUAAUGAAAUUGUAAUUAUAUCCAAGAUGUUACAGUGGUCAAAGGGUCAGACCAUUUCCGGUCAUUUGGAUUCCCAUGUUUUUUUAUUGUUUAUGUUCGUUGAAGAUCGGUGAGAUUAUAUAUGCGGUGGCUUCAGUGCAAACAGUCUGCAAUUAGCGCUCGUUAUUGGUCUGUUGCGCGAGAAGCACGUGUGCCGAUAAGCAUAUUUGUGUAAAGGUCAUUUUUUGGCAUUCUCGUGGUCUCUAAAUAAAGAAAGAACAAAAACCCAAGUAAUACGAUUUUUGUCUUUCAGUCAACAGAUACAAAGAACUAUCAAGAAAGGAUGUAUGCUGUAGCUGGCAUUUGCUGUGGGAACCUAAGACAUUUAGAACUGAGAACUGUAUAUGUGUGAUACAAAUUAUUUGUAAUAUGUUAAACUUUUUUACUGUAGGUUUUGGAAUUUUCACUGAUCGUUUAGUAAAUGGAACACUAAGUCAUGUCAUUUCAGUUUUAGUUCAAGUUGAGUGAUCGUAAACAUUGAAGUAUUUUUCAUUGUUCGCGUGUUAUUUGUUUCCAAGACUGAGCUAAGUGAAUAAAGUUGUUUGUGCUUGAUUUGGUUUGCUUGAUCAGGCAAAGUGAAUAAUAUUCCUCAUGCUUGGUACGUUUUCCUUGGCCAGGCGAAAUAAAACGACGUUUUAGGGAAAGAAAAAAGAUGACGAACCCCUAUUGAUAUUUUAUUGUUUGGUGGAAAACUUACUUUGAUGCUACCUUUCUAGGAGAUUUUUAUACCUUCAGUUUUAGUUCAAGUUGAGUGAUCGUAAACAUUGAAGAACUUUUCAUUGUUCGCGCGUAAUUUGUUUCCAAGACUGAGCUAAAUGAAUAAAGUUGUUUGUGCUUGAUUUGGUUUGCUUGAUCAGGCAAAGUGAAUAAUAUUCCUCAUGCUUGGUACGUUUUCCUUGGCCAGGCGUAAUAAAACGACGUUUUAGGGAAAGAAAAAAGAUAACGAACCCCUACGAUUUUUAAUGAGUUGUACUCGUACAAUUCUGAUCCUGACGAUCUCGGUCACUUUACCAAAAUAGAACAUCUAAAGCGGACAUAUCAAAGACAUUCAGACAGUUGCAAAGGAACGCCAACGAACGUAGUAUUUCUGUGCAAGUCUUUGAACAUCUAGUCGACAGUUGUGACAUAAAAUGACGUUUUUCAACGUUUCUUCAUAUUAGCCCUAAUCUGUGGAAUCUGUAUUAAGCAGUCAACCUAUUGGCGUUCAUCCCGCCCAUUCCCGUGGGUGACCGCUUAAUAAAGGUUUGACUGAAAUUCGUCAGUCACCAUUUCUGUGAGGCGUGUUUUGAGUAUGCUUUACUCUGGCUUUGUCUCCGAGUCUCCACCCAUGCAUAUGACUGUCAUAUUUUAAGUUAAGCAUAUUUAUCACGCUAGUUCCUCACUGGAUUAACAUGAUCACGUCGCAUACGGUCUUCUUGUAUCCGAUUCGGUCGUUUCAUUGCCAUAUGUGAAGACUGACGUAUUUUUCGUACUAGAUUUGCUAUGGUUAUUUGUGCGGUUUGAGUCCUCAUACGUCAAAUAUUAAAGGGCAUGUAAACCCAAAAAACGUUCAUUUUCUUUUCACAUGAAUGUUUAGUAAGUAUAUCAAGUACACCAAAGGUGCCAUUCGUUUUUUCUCAAAAGUCCAUUUUCACUUUGAAAAAGCUCUUCCAAAUUCGAAACAUUCGCCAUUUUGAAUGGCGCCAUCUUUCUUGUGACGUCACGGGUGGAACCUACAAAGUUUCGUUUAAUAAUCGCGUGAGACACGGAGUCUUUUCCACAGCCGUUGUUUGCCGGUCUCGUCACGAUUUUUUUACUUACAGUUUGCUUCAAUAUACUCAGUUUUUUCAUAAUGGUAAAGCGUUGUGUCGUCCAGUUUUGUACUGAUUCAAACAAAACUGAGCAUACAACGCAAAUAUUUCCAAAUGAUGCAAAUUUGAAGCCACAAUUUGUGAAACUUGUUCAAAUGAAAAUAGCCGAUUUCGUCGAGCCGUUCGAACAUUCUGUUGUUUGUAGCAGUCAUUUUUCUUCCUGGUGUUGUACCGACAAUUCAGGCCCUACCAGAAGCAAAUUAUUCGGAAGUAUAAACAGCUAGUUGUAGUACUGUAUUAUUAAAUCAAUGACAGAAACAACUCAAGCAAAUCGAAAUGUAAACCAAACAGAUGAAACGGAAAACAUUUAGCUUACUCGUUUCCGGUGUGAUUCUCUGUGCCUUACUGCUGCCUGUACGUGUAAUAGGUCGUCUCUAGCACCCAGAAAUCGAGGCAAUUGACUAAAAACCUGGAUACUCAGUGAUACAACUUAUCUGGGUUUCAGACCCUCGCUCCUCUACUUUUUGCCACAAUUGCCCGAUUUCCGUACAACAAACACUUUCACGAGUUGUCGGCAUUGGUUGACAAGUUCCGCACUCGUACCUACUACAAUUUUAUACAAAACAACCUCGGAAGCUCAGCGGGUUAAAAAAAUUUAUGUUGCAUUCUUUUAGAUUGUGCCCUUGCUUUAUUGGAUUUUCAUAUCAAAUACAAGUAAAUCACACAGUAAAUUAGAUACCAGUCUGAGUUUCCGAGGAGGUCGCAUCCCUGUCAACACUGUGUUCGUGCGGAUCGCUUCGGUGAACCCUACGCAGCUCAUAAUGUUAAGGACGUGGCCCAGACUCUCCUAAAGAUUCUAGACCAUCCCCAUCGCCGUCAUAUACUAAGCUUAGGGCAUUCGAGUCACUAUCUUCUGAAAAACAUCUUCGAACUACCGCUACUUACACGAGCUACCACACCAGUUCUACUAGGGAAUAUGUGUUGCGCAAUAUUUUAGUUCCACCGCUUACGUCACGACUCUCGCUAUUGUUUUUACCGGAAAUGGAAUUUCAGUUGAAAAUGCCGAUUUUCUCCUAAAAUAAGUCGAAUUGGACAAAACGAAUUUCAGAUUCGUUCUCUACGCCACUUUUUACAUAGUAUGAGAAAAACAUGUAUUUUUGGGUUUACAUGCCCUUUAAACGAGAGAAACCUUAAAUAAUUGUGUGACUCUUAUUUCAUCAUGAUCAAGCUCCCCUUGCCCUACACCUGGCUGGAGGCUUUAUGUCGAGACAGCACAACAAGCUAUUCCUUGAAAGAGCAGCACUUACUCGGAUUAAAUCAAAUUAACUUUGUAAUGGGGUGUCAUUUGAUGGAGGGAAACUGUCAAAGCUACAGCCCUCUGUUGCCAUUUCAUGGCUACAUAUUAUUUUUAUAUCUGUCAUCGUUGUCCAGAAUGUAAGGAGCAGAAAUCUUUCCAAUAACAUUUGAAGUCUCUGAUCUGACUGUUCUCGAUAUGACCUCUUCUGUUGCGCUUUUUUUUUUGUCAAGAACUUUAUCGCAAUCUUUUAGCGCGCUUGGUUGUCUCAAGAAAACAACGGAUUUGGCGUUUUCGGUUUGAGUGCGUUGUUACGUACCAAAACAACUUAAUAUGCGAGGUAAAAGCAUUCAAAGCCAAUCCUGAGGAUUUAAAACGUCAGUUAUUUGUAUUCUAUCAUGUAAAUAAAAGGAAACAAAUAGGUAUCAUGCUAAAUAUUACCCUGGUCCCUUCUAUGUCUUCUAUGAUAACAAAACACGGAAAUUAGCAUAUGCUAAUUGAUAAGCUUCAAGAGUGUUGGCGUGAGUGACAUGAGAAGGCCGCUAUUUUAAGAACAAAAUAAAAUCCUAUCGUUCAGCCCAUUUGAACUGGUGCCAGAUGUGUUGGGGCGAAGGCUGGUGUAGUAGAAAGGCAAGCGUGUCGGUCUGUUAGUAGUAGAUAAAAUAUUCAUUUUCGAGGUUCAUUCGAUAACCCUGCCAGAGAUGGAACAAUUUUUAUGUGGUGCACUCUUUGGUGCAUUUCUUGGUGUAAUUGUGGCAAUCCUGUUCUUGAAGCUGUGGAAGACUGAAGAAAGAGUGAAAGAGAGGGGAAGAAGACGACCGAGUGGAUGUAAUAACCCGCCUGAGAAGCAGCCUGUAGAAAAUGACGAGAGACCCGCCAAGAUGCCUCAAGAACACGAAGAGAAGUUUUAGAUCAAAUGUGAGUAUAAAUUUGUCACUGAAAAAUUUGUUUCUAAAACCGUAGGAUGCCAAAUAAAUAUUGGGUGAUGUGGAAAGUGCUUACAGGUACAUGAAAGUGAUCAUUUUAGACGAAUUAUUAAAAUUGCUAAAAUUUUUGAUGACCCCCGAACCCCUCUAACGCUGAUUACAAUUUAUUCAUGACUGAGUAGAGUGCACUUCCAGCCUGUAAAUAAUUAAGAUGAUGAGAUCACAAACUCUAUCUGAUAAGUUUAAGUUUUCUCAUUACCUGUUUGCUGGAUAAUGUAUGGACAUUACAGUGAGAAGUUACAUUUCAAUCGCUUCUGAUAUUUUAUAGGUUAAUAGGUUAAAAUUCUGUCGAAUGGAAACGUCGCAUCAAAUUUAAGCUUAAAGAGCGCAAAUAGCCAAAAGGAAAAUUUAAAAUCUGAAAUUUCGCUUGCCGUAGCUCUGAACCGCAUAGAUGUCAUUUCCGUCUAGGCUUCUGCUUGUGCUUGAAAGAUUAAUUCGGAAUACAUUCGGCAGUGUAAUGAAUAACAAAUUAGAAUAGAAUUGGUAAUUUUAUAUUUUUUGUUUUAUUCGACAGAAACCGGGAGCGCUGAGAUCAAAUUUCCUGGCAUUUCUACAUGCUGUUUUAAUGUACGAGAAUAAAGCUACAAACUGUAAAUGUGUGAUUUAACACGUGUCACAGCGGGUUAUGAUUGAUUUCUUGUAGUCGGAUGAAUGAAUCGUUUUUAUCAUUAUCAGUAACGUUUAGAACUUGAAGUAUCAGUCGCGCGUAUAUGAUUGUGAAUUGUUUGUUUUAUUAGGAGUUUUUCUUUAUUUUCAUUGUAAUUUUUUUGUUUGAUUUACAAUUGACUUCCUUUCGUUUAAACGAAUUGUGAACUUAAACUUACAGUUCGUGUCGCUUUAAAUAAAUAAACAAACCUGUAUGUCUUGUAUUAAUUUUCACGGUCUGAACAACUUUACCUGUAGCUGAAAGACUGAUGCUUGGCAAUUUUGAGGAAUGAAAAGGAGCGGUCUUUGUUUUCAGAGAGUUAUUUAUCAGAAGUUCUACUCCGAAGAUUUUGGGAAGAAUACCGAAAGAUGCGUCACUUGAAAAUUACCUGAACUGUUUCCUUUUACGAUUGAGAACGAAAGGUAAGCAAACGAUUGCGUGACUUCCAAAUUGACAGUUCCUUAUGCAAAUUAUUUUGUGAAAAGUUUCGGGGAUUCCCCUACCAUAAAUGACGUCAUGUCUCACUUGAGAGGUCGCCUAUAGCACAGAAUCAAAAGAGGAAAUUUGAACUAAAGUAAAACCUAGACUUGGUGUGAAAUUAAUCCCGUGUACGUGUUAUAAACGUGUUAAUGACAGGAAUGGAAUUGCUAAAAGGAGUUAUGAAAAUGUCAUUCAGGAGAUGAAUUCUUUUUUUUAAUUAGUAACUUGCUUGUUCACACACGAUAACAAGCUUUUUGAUAUUACCAGCAGAAAAAAAGCUUAUUACGAAAUUGUUCGUCGCUGAUACUGGAAUGCCUGUACUUACACUCUGCUCGCUUCUUCUCUUUAAUGCCGGAAAGCGGAUUUUUUUGCAAAGAACUGAGAAUUAAAGUAUGGUUGCCUGGAGGCUCAGAGUAUUCUGAAGUGUAGUUACAGCAUUUAAAAUUAUUAGGUAGCGCAUUCACUUCACUAACUUAAACUGUUUCGAAGUGAAAUAAAGUAAAUACUCGUUUUGUCACUAGCGUCAUACAAAGAAAGACUCCGUGUCUCACCCUCACAAAAUAUCAAAUCCUCUACCGUCGAAUUUAACCAUCGAAUGCUCUGACACGAAGCUGCAGAGAACUCGAUGGUGAGCUGGACCGUUAGUAGGGCUAACGCUCGAAAUGUCAGCUUUUUUUACCCUUUACUGUGGCCAAUUUACGUUUUCAACUCAGUUGUUAACACUAUAUUACCCGUUAGUAGGCUCCUUUGGAUUAAAAAGACAUUAGAGUGGUUUAGCAAGAGGACGGGAACGUUAUUUCAGAACGGCGCGCGUAGCAAAAAUGUCGAUAAGAAACUGGGUCGAGAACGCCGUCGCGUUGUGUUGAAAGAUGUAGCAGUCGUUGCAACGAGAAUCAUCACUUCGGCUUUUUAAAGAUCACCAUCACCUUUGAAUUUUCGGUUCUAUAGACCACUCUAAGGACAACGAAAUUAUCUUUUUUGAGAGUUAUAUAACAAGCGCAAACAGAGGAUAGUUAUAGAUACGGCAAGUAAGUUGUUGAUAUGAAUCCACAUGGGCGAUUGAACUUUAAAAUUAGUCCAUUUCAGUUUAGUCUCGAGUCUGAUGAUCAUCUAUUAAAUUUUGAAGCCCACGAAAUAGCUUUUUUUCUAUGAUUUGUGUCGCUGUCAUUUCCUUUCGUGCUACUAGAUUUCAGCACUAUUCGAUUUUCUUCAUAAUUUUGCAAAGGAUAAUUUGGAAAUCGUCGUCGUUUUUCCCCUUGUUUACUGAAUAUUCUUUUGAGCACCACCUUCUUAGAGUUGAAAUACAUUUUGAACGGAAUUAUCAGAAGUUAUAGCGAAAAAAUGUAGAAACCAAGCGACCCAACGAUGGAGUUGUUUACGAUGAGUUCCUAUUUAUCCGUGAAAGAAUGAAAUUAACUCAAGCUAGUCACCAACGAAACGGUUAGACUUAGGAGUAAGACUUCGUUCCUGUUUUGUUUUGUUUUGUUUUGUUUUUUUUCGUUUUUGUUUAAUUUAAUUUUUUUUAAACGAAUGAAGUCGUUCAAGACUGAAUCAAAUUAAUAGAUUCAGAAAGCCGUGCCGAAAUCAAGUUGAUUGUCAUUUUAUUUCGAAGCGAGAGCACGACUUUCUUGUCUUAGUUUUCACCGGCCCUGAUCAAAAAAUUUCAAACAUAAAAAAGUGCAUACCUGAGCUAUUCUCAAUUUUUUUUCAUCUCUGACUUCAAUUCGCAGAAAAUUUUUCAAUCACGGUAAAAACGACAAUAACAAAAAAUAAUACUGAAUAAUACAAUAAGUAAGCGUCUUACUUACCGAUUGGGUUCCACAAAUACUUUGCGCUUAGUGGUAAAACUGCAAGCGACUAAAAACCAAGCAUAGAACGUUCCCCAGUUUUUGGGAAGUAGAUGAUGUAACUAACACAAUGUUUACUCUUUGACAUCACGGCGGCUAUAUUGUUUAAUUUACCUGAACAAAUAAACUUUGAUGGCUAAUUCAGUAUUCUCGGAAAUUUAUCUAUUUUCCUUUGUAAACGCACGCGCGCAAAUAAAAGGUAAAACUGAUUAAGACGUAAAGUUGCUCAAAGGUAAAUUAAAUGUAUAUUAAUUAAAAACCCUCUUUUGUGCCAAGAAAGAGACCACUUAAAGGAUGCUAAAAGAUUUACGUUAUUAAAGUUCACCUUAUGUUAAAGAUUCAUGAAAGGUCGCGGUUAGCUUUUGGAUAUUUCGGUUUAGAAUUAAAGACGCCUAAAGCUUAAGUCAACCUUUAGGGAUGCUUUAGGUUUUGCUUAAAGACACUGAAAUAAGAGCAUUCGUCCUGUGUAAAAUGAUUGACACAAUGGACUUCACCUACUCUUCUGUUAAGGUAAAACACGAACAAAGCGCGUUCUUGUGAUCAUGAAGCGAGUGAUUUACACCCGUCCGGUAAACCGAUAGAAAGUGGGAUAUAUUGUAUUUAUAAUAAACUUAAAACAAAACACAAUAUAUUUCAAUUUUCUAUGGGUCCAAGCGACAGAUUAUUUGGCCAAUCAGGGCGCUCGUAGUUUCUCAGUUAUUUCAUUGAUAGGGUAUUUGGUUUUAAUAACUGCGCUGAUAACGUGAAUUGGCCACCGCUACGAGUUUCAAAGCUGACGAGGGAUAACGCUCGAACGUCAGCUCUGAACUCCUUACGAUGGCCAAUUUCACGUUAUCAACUCAGUUGAUAAAACAAAAUCACCCUGUUAUACUCUCCCACCGACGCAACACCACAGUCUCUUUAGAAACCUACCCCAUUAAUGUUAUAAAUAGCCUGAUUUAUUAGAUCUUUUGCCAAGUUGUUGUUCUUUUUCCUGUCAUCCUGUAUGUGAAUGUGUGUGGGUCCUCAGUUUGCACAUCAGUACCAAAUGCUCUGAAAUAUCACCAAAAUUAAUCAUCAAGAUCUAUUGCUAAAGCUGCAGUUAAAAAAACUACAUAGUCGUUUUGUUUCUCUUCCUCUUUCGUACAGGAGCUUCGUGAACUUGUUGGUCUUCAUCAUGACGUUCAGCUUCUCUGUCUUGAGUUACACGUGAAACAGUUUGUUGGUGAAAGGCUGUUGCUUUUACUGGAGAAAAUGGACCCGAUUGACAGGUGAGACAGCACAGCUACAAGUUAAAAUAUAAUUUUUAUUUACAUCAAAUAUUGAUGUAAAUAUUUCGAUAAAGUUUGCUUCACAAGGCAGGAUCAUUCAAUUGAAAGUUGAUAGUUAAGGCGAAAUGACGGUUGAAAGCUUUGAAAAUGAUCGAAGAGAGACAAUGAAGUCAUCGAAAUUGUACGGUUUGGAUCAUUGCCGUAUUCCAACCACCCAGCAUUUUCCAGAAAAUUUUGAGAAACCGCAAGAUUUUACAACAGGCAAAGUUUAAAUCUCGAAACCGGUAAAAAUGCUGUAAAUGUUUGUUUUUUCGUCCUGAUUACUCAAAACAAACUCUGUGAUAAUCAGAUUUUUAUUCUGAGAAAAGAAAACUAGAUAGAUAAAAGAUAAAUGGAUAAAUGAGUUUAUAAAAACGACUUAAAGAAAGAUACCCUUGAGCUGCGUGGCACUGAGUAGCAAAGUAUUCAGUAAACAUGAAAAGAAAGGUGCCAUGUUUUGGAUGAUGGUUUCAAAAAUUUUGGGUCCGGCCUUUCAUCAGUGUUAAAAAAAGGCUCGUUGAAUAAUAAUUGUUAACCAAAUGAAAUGAAAUGACAUACAUUGAAAUCAUUUUUUUUCCUUUUGCUGUUUUUACCAUUGCCUUUUUCUCUUCAGUGAAUUCCUUCGUUUGUAUCUUCUGGUUCAUGGUCUUCUUUGUGGAAGAGGCAAAGUUUUUCCAGCCAUGGUCCUCGAUAAUAUCUAA